GCAUCACAGGUCACUGCAGACCUCACCUGGGACCAGUGAUUCACAGAGCUUCACUCACCGAGAAUCUGCUGCCAUCUGCAGACAGACGAGGGACCCAGCUUGCAACAGACUCACAGGAGCUGAGAACAGGAAGCCCAGCCUCCCCACUGUGCCCCAGGGCUCCCCAAGAUAUGACCACAGGGCAGCUGGCAAGCAGCAGGUGAAGUCACUGCCUGCCCACCAGACACCCCCAAGGCCUCUGCAGACUGAGCGGGACAAGACCCACCCGCUGGAAGGUGCUGAGGCUGUGGACCAACAUGCAGGGCUGGCACCCUCCGCUGCUCACCCUGGCUGGGCUGCUGGCCCUGGGGUCUGUCCUCUCCCAGGAGUGCAACAGGACCACGGCCAGAACCUGCCGGGACUGCAUCCAGUGGACACCUGGCUGCGCUUGGUGCCAGAAGCCGAACUUCACGGGGCCAAAGGAGCCUGAUUCUGCCCGUUGCGACACCCGGGAGCAGCUGCUGAGCAAGGGCUGUGCGCCUGAGGACAUCAUGGAUCCCACCAGCCUUGCUGAACCCCAGGAGGGCCAAGAGGGGGGCCAAAAGCAGCUGUCUCCACAAAAGGUCAAGCUGUACCUGAGACCAGGACAUGCGGCUGUGUUCACCAUGACUUUCUGGAGGACCCAACCGUACCCUGUGGACCUGUACUUCCUGAUGGCUAUCUCCGAUUCCACGCACAGCCUCACCAAUGCCCACACCCUGGGCAGGGACCUGUCACAGGCCCUUGAGGGCAUCACUGCAUCCGGCCGCAUAGGCCUUGGGUCCAUCGUGAACAGGACCUUCCGGCACGUGCUGAAGCUGACCAAUGACUAUGACCAGUUCCGGUCAGAGGUGGAGCGACAAUUGGCGUCUGGGACUCUGGAUGCUCCCAAGGGUGAGCUGGACACGCUUCUGCAGGUGGCUGCAUGCCAGGAGGAGAUCGGCUGGCGCAAUCUCACUCGGCUGCUGGUGUUUGCCACGGACAGUGCCUUACUCUCUGCUGGUACCCGGAGCCAGCUCAACCCUGGCCUGCCCCCCAGGGACAGCCGCUGUCAUCUGAAGAACAACCUUUAUGACUCCAGUGAUGACUCCGACUCGACGUCACUAGCCCAGUUGGCCCAUGGUUUGGUCCAGCAGAACAUCCAGCUUGUCUUUGCAGUGACCAGGAGGGCAGUGAGCACCUACGAGAAACUUGCUGAGAUCAUCCCCAAGUCGGCUGUAGGGGAGCUGUCUGAGGACUCCAGGAAUGUGGUGGACCUCAUCAAGAAGGCCUACAAUAAACUCUCCUCCAAAGUCGUGCUGGACCACAGCACCCUGCCAGACACCCUGAAGGUCACCUACGACUCCUUCUGCAGUAAUGGAGUCUCGCUCAAGGACCAGCCCACAGGGGUCUGCGAUGGCGUGCAGAUCGGUGUCCCGGUCACCUUCCAGGUGAAGGUCACGGCCACAGAGUGCGUCCGUGGACAGUCCUUUGACAUCCGGGCGCUGGGCUUCACGGACACCGUGACAGUGCAGGUCCUGCCCCAGUGCAAGUGCCACUGCCAGGACCAGCAGCAGGACCAGGGCCUGUGCGGGGGCAAGGGCUCCAUGGAGUGUGGGGUCUGCAGGUGUGAGGCCGGCUACAUCGGCAAGAGGUGUGAAUGCCAGACGCAGGGCCGCAGCAGCCAGGAGCUGGAGGGCAGCUGCCGCAAGGACAAUAGCUCUGUGCUCUGCUCGGGGUUGGGGGACUGCGUCUGCGGGCAGUGCGUGUGCCACACCAGUGACACCAAGUCCAUCUAUGGGCGCUACUGCGAGUGUGACAACAUGCACUGUGACCGCUACAAUGGGCAGGUGUGUGGCGGCCCAGUUCGGGGGCGCUGUGACUGUGGUCGGUGUCUCUGCGAGCCUGGCUUCGAGGGCUCUGCAUGCCAGUGCAUUAGGUCCACAGAGGGCUGCCUGAAUUCGAGGCUCGUGGAGUGCAGUGGCCGUGGCCGGUGUCGCUGCAACAAGUGCGAGUGUGAUGGCGGGUACCAGCCGCCCCUGUGCGAGGAGUGUCCUGGCUGCCCCUCACCCUGCCCCAAGUUCAUCUCCUGUGCCGAGUGCCUGAAGUUCGGCUCAGGCCCUUUUGAGAAGAACUGCAGCAAGGCAUGUGCACAUCUGACGCCGCUGAUCCCGGGUAUGACAGGAAGGGCCUGCCGGGAGUGGGACUCGCAGGGCUGCUGGCUGAAGUACACCCUGCGGCAGUUGGACGGGAGGAACAAAUUCGCAAUCCAGGUGGAGGAGACCCGAGACUGUAUCCUCAGCAGUGCUGUUCUCCCAGUGGGUCUUGUGAGAGUCUCUGUGUCAACUGUCAUCUCCCUGCUGGUCCUCUUGGGGGUCCUCAUGGCAUAUGUCGUCUAGAGGAGAAAAGCUCAAGUUCCAUCCUGACAUAGGUCAGCUUCGCCCCUUUGGUCCCUCCUGUCUUACAAGAGACACUAAGAGAGGAGUUCCCCAAUCUCAAGAAAGUGUAUCUGUGUCCCUGUGGAAACGCUUGGCCACUGGCCUGAUUAAGGACGUGGCGCAACUUGCUUCUUAAACUUAGCUGUGUCGAAAACUGCACCCUUGUUAACCAGUCUCAAGUACAAACAAAUAAAACAUAAAAUAACA